GCCCUCCUGUGUGGCCGGUCUGGGCUAUGUGGCCAUGUUAAGUUCGGGCAAAGACUUCGCUUCUGGGCCGUGUUUCCGCCGCCCGCUUCCUACUGAGGGCAGUCGCUGAGCUCCGAGGGGUCAGGACGAGAGAGAGAGAGAGAGAGGGCUGGAGUUCAGCGCUCGCCGUGGGGAUCGAGCUUAAAGCCACAAUUUGAACGAAUGAUUCCGACAAUUUCCGUGGAAGCCUUGGAAUCCCAAUUGGCAGGGACAACAGGAUCUUUGAAGGGUACUACCUAAUCUGAGGUGCCCUCCUUCUCCAAGUCACAUUUGCUAACAAUAUGGCCUUUUUGAACUUGGCUGCUGGAAGGCGAUUAGCCGUCUGUCUGCCCAGCAGCUCCCCCCAUUCCCGUGCUGCUGUUGGUCGUCACAGAAAGCAUCCCUUCCUGGCUGUGAGGAAGUGCCCUGUCUGGGAGGGAGGAGGAUCAGGUACAUGAAGUUUAAAGCACCACAUGGCUGGCAAGAAAUCACCAGGCAAGUUGGGCGGAUUUUGGCACACACCUUUGAUCCCAGCACUUGGGAGGCAGAGGCAGGCAGAUCUCUGUGAGUUUGAGGGCAGCCUGGUCUACGGAGUGAGUUCCAAGACAGCCAAGGCUACACAGAGAAACCCUGUCUCGAAAAAUCAAAAGAAAAAGAAAAAGAAGAAAUCACCAGGCAGGCAGCCUCUGCUGUUUCUGGGGCUGUUGGUCACUGUAGCUGCCAUCCACCUUAUUGCCUGUCCCUAUACCAAGGUAGAAGAGAGCUUCAACCUACAGGCUACACAUGACCUGCUGUACCACCAGCUGGAUAUAGACAAGUAUGACCACCAUGAGUUUCCUGGCGUUGUUCCCAGGACGUUCCUUGGGCCUCUGUUGAUUGCAGUGUUCUCCAGUCCUGUGGUUUAUGUGCUUUCGCUGUUGGAAAUGUCCAAGUUUUAUUCUCAGCUGACAGUCAGAGGAGUCCUUGGGCUUGGUGUGAUUUUCGGACUCUGGACAUUACAAAAAGAAGUGAGACGACAGUUUGGGACCACAGUGGCUGCCAUGUUCUGCUGGAUAUCAGCCACACAGUUUCACCUCAUGUUCUACUGUACAAGAACACUCCCCAAUGUGUUGGCCCUGGCUGUGGUCCUACCAGCCCUCACAGCCUGGUUGCAGCAUAGGUGGGCCCUCUUUGUCUGGCUCUCGGCCUUUGCCAUUAUUGGCUUCAGAGCUGAGCUGUGCAUGCUGCUGGGCCUUAUGCUGCUGCUGACCUUGUACCAAAGAAGAUUGUCUGUAGCCAGAUUGUUCCAGCAUGCCAUCCCAGCAGGGAUUCUCUGUCUAGGACUGACGGUUGCUGUGGACUCCUAUUUCUGGAGAUACCUUGUAUGGCCAGAAGGAGAGGUGCUUUGGUACAACACUGUCCUGAACAAAAGUUCCAACUGGGGCACCUCCCCGCUCCUGUGGUAUUUCUAUUCUGCCCUGCCCCGGGGCCUGGGCUGCAGCCUUCUCUUCUUACCCCUGGGUGCAGUGGACAGGAGGACCCAUGCACUGGCCCUGCCAAGCCUGGGAUUCGUGGCGUUGUACUCACUCCUCCCGCAUAAGGAGUUGCGGUUCAUCAUCUAUACCUUCCCUGCACUCAACAUCAUGGCUGCCAGAGGCUGUGCCUACAUCCUGAAUAACUAUAAAAAGUCUUGGCUGUACAAGAUGGGAACUCUGCUCGUGAUAGGGCACAUCAUGGUAAAUGUGGCAUAUACAGCCACAUCCCUCUAUGUGUCCCAUUUCAACUACCCUGGUGGUGUUGCAAUGCAGCGGCUACAUGAGCUGGUGCCACCCCAGACAGAUGUCCUUCUGCACAUUGAUGUAGCUGCUGCCCAGACAGGUGUGUCACGGUUUCUACAAGUCAACGAUGGCUGGAGGUAUGACAAGAAGGAAGAUGUCCAGCCUGGAGCGGAGGGCAUGCUGGACUACACACACAUCCUCAUGGAGGCAGCACCCGGGCACCUGGCCCUCUACAGGGACACACAUCGCGUUCUGGCCAGUAUUGAGGGCACUACAGGUGUGAGUGUGACUCUGACCAAACUGCCACCCUUUGAUGUCAACCUGCAGACAAAACUGGUGCUUCUGGAGCGGCUUAGGCUGGCCUGAGAGGAUGAGAGUUCACCAGGAGCAUCAAGUGUGGUCACCCUUCUAACACAGUGAAAAGAGUUCAAGAAAACAAAGCAAGCAACCAAGGACUUCCAGCAUGCCCCUGGUGUUGUCCUCUAGCAGGUGUGAGAUAGCCACACCUAGGACACAGGGCUCAGAGAAUAUGGAGCACAGGACCAGGUGUGAUAGUGGCCUGCUCAGACCUGUCUACCAUGGUUAGGUCGCUCCCAUUCAGACUGGGAGCCAUUUAUAACCAAGAGGGGACAGUGAGCCAGGCUAGAACACUCUGCCACCCGCACUCUGUAGUGACCCUCAGUGUGUAUUUCCUGUCCCUGAACCACACUUGUUGCCCAUGGCCUCAGGAGACAUCAGUAUAAACCCGGAGCUUCAGCACAGGGUACCCCCCCCAUUAUUGCAGCUGUUGAGUCUUAGGACAUAAAUAUGUUUAUAAAAGAUCAGAAAUAAAAAUUAUGUUUUCUAA